AUGGCCCUCAGCCUCGCCUACAUCGUCUCCGAAUGGUGCCAGCAGUCCCACCUCAACACCGAGGACCCGGCCGCCGCCGCCCGCGGCCUGCGCCGCACGCGCACCUACCGGAGCUGGACCUACCGCCCCUUUCGCGUGCCCGCCCGCGCCGUGCUGCGGCUCUUCUUCUCCUUUCGUCGCCGCGGGGAGAUGAUGGAGGGGAGUCUGUAUUGGAUGCCGGACGGGCCGGGCAGGGGCGGUGGCGGUGAUGGUGGUGGUGAUGCAAACGGAUAUCAUCAUCGGUAUCGAUCCAUUUCGCUGGAAACGUUUGACGAGAAUCACGGGGCUCGUUAUGGCCACCACCAGCGUCAUCAUGAUCAUCGCGGCCCGGACCCGUUAGCCCCAUCGACGUCGAUGGCGAGCACGCCCGAGUUCGGCCGCCCGCCGUAUUUCCCCGGCAGCCGCGGGAUCCUUACGAGAAGCAGGAGCAGGGUCGAGAGCGACGGGAGCACCGGAGGGCUGUUGCUCGGGGCGGCGGAGCUGCUGCGCCCGUCGGAUGAUGAGGUGGUCACCGUGGGCACGUGGGACGGUGCAGAGGAGGGCGGUUGGGGGCAGGAGACGAGGAGUGCGUUGGAAUCUGCAAGUCAGGCGGGGAGUGCCCCGGAGGAUAGGGGGGGAGAGGGGAUCAUCAGGGACGUCAUGUCGCCGCCCCAUCCGUCACCGCCACCGCCACCGCCCGCCGCGAGGAGAAGUAUGGAGUUGCUCGGUGUGGGGGAGGGGGUGGCUAGCGGCUUGGUGGGGCUGAGGCCGGCGUACGCGAGGAUGGGCACGGAUGAGCCUAGUGGGGAGGCGAGAUGA